AUGGUCGUGUUCUGGCGACGAUAUGCUCCUCCGCGGCUUCACCUUCAGGCUUCACCCACGGGCAUCUUCGGCGUCCGAGGCGGCCAAUGGACCUUGUGGAACGAUCUGAAGGUCUUUUAUGAACGGCAUGAGCGACCUUCUCCUGCAAGAUCUGCAUAUCGAGACGUCGAAUCCUACCAGAAGGAUUCGUGGCUGUGCGAGGAAACAAAGACCACGAAGAUCGAGAACAAUUCAUCCGUCAGUCAAGCCCUACCGCAUCGAAGACAUCGCCUUCUGACUUCAGCAGAUGCCCUCCUCAGCCUCCUACGACAAUGCAACCUCCUCAACUUUGACGCCCUCGACGUCAAAUUUCUUUACUCUCGAAGAACCGAUGACCGUCUCGUCGCCACGUUGAUAGUCGUCGAUAGCGUUCAGGAUAAGAUCCAGGCCAAGGUCGAGCCGAGUGAAGAUGGCAAAGAUCAGGCCGAGGCCUUCUUGGCUUUCAGGCGGUAUGUCGAGGUGAGACUUUAUGAGUUACUGCAGAGCGUUCCUGAGGCUGGUGGUGGGGGAAAAGUGCAGAGUGCGGCAACGGGCAAUGGUGCGAAUGUUCCGAUCGAGAGUCCGCCUUCGUAUGAUGCGGCGAAGGAUGGGACUGGUGGUGGUGCCAAAACAGUCCCCACCUCACCCGCCAACCGCCCCGACAGCUCCCUUCCCCUCGUCGGAACCUUCACAACCCUCACCGGCAUCCAAGAGUCCCACAUCCCCUCCCUCUGGCACCACCUCCGCCUCCAAGAAGACCUUACCCUCAUGCAAUACCUCCCCUGGCCCAUCCCCACCUCUCCCUCCUCACUCUCGACUCUCCUCACCCACCUCAUCACAGACCGACACUUCGUCCUCUACGCCAUCCUCGCCGAUCCAUCCCACGUCAGUCUCCGCCCUGCCUCCCCCUCUCCCUGGCCCCACCCCUCAUGCGUAGGCAUAAUCGCCUACCUAGACAUCAACACCACCCACCGCACCCUCGAAGUCGGCGCCGUGAUCUUCGCUCCAGUCCUGCAACGCAGCAUCGCGGCCACAGAAGCGCACUAUCUCCUCCUCCGCAACGCCUUCUCGGCCGAGCUCGGAUAUCGCAGGGUGGCGUAUAAAUGCGCGACGGAGAAUGUGGCCAGUCGUAGAGCCGCGGAACGGUUGGGGUAUGUGUAUGAGGGAAGGUUUCGGAAUCAUAUGAUUAUGCGGGGGGUUUCGAGGGAUUCGGAGUGGUUGAGUGUGGUGGAGGAGGAGUGGGAGGGGGUGAGGGGGGCGUUGGAGGAGUGGUUGAGGGAAGGGAAUUUUGAUGAGGGUGGGAGGCAGGUUAGGAAGUUGGAGGAGAUUAGGAGGGAGAGGCUGGGGCGGGAGGGAUGA